AUGGGCGUCGCUGGUUGGCGUCGUCGAAGAAGUUGCCCUCAGGCGCUGCAGAAGUCCACGAGCGGGAUGCUGGCGUCCACACGGGCGUGCUUCCGACGCCGCCUUUCUGGAGGCCUGCGGGCCCCGCCCACGCGGCUGCGCUCUGCACAGGUGCCGCGGCCGGCUUUGAGGAUCUGCCGGUCGUACAUCACCGCCCCGGAAGCGCCGGUUGCGUCACACAAAGCGGCGGCCAACAGCCGUGUAACCGCCUUUGUGGCGCGACCCGCCCACGCUAGCCGCUCCAGCGAUCUAGCGUCUUCUGUGAGAUCCCGCGGGACAGAGCGGGGGCGGCUGGACACAGGCGUGCUGGCGGCGGUGCCCCAGCAGACGCACGCGGUGCCGCCGCCCCCGCAGCAGCUGAGCCCGGACAGCACGUCGCCGGGCACGCAGGGCCACGGCCAGGCGCACGGCUCGCCGCCCCCGCCGCCCCACGACGCCGCCCCCGCCGCCCCCGACUCGCAGCUGCAGCGCGCUCCGCCGGAUGUUCACGAGGACGGCGACAGCCGCGACUCGGAGCGGCUGCACCACCACCAGCCGGGCGCCCACCCAGGUGAGGACCAGGGCGCGCAGGCCGGCGGCGAGGGCGCGGCCGGCGGCCAGCCGGCGCAGCAGCCGCAGCAAAAGAAGCGCAAGCGGCGGGUGCUGUUCAGCAAGGCGCAGACGUACGAGCUGGAGCGCCGCUUCCGCCAGCAGCGCUACCUGUCGGCGCCCGAGCGCGAGCACCUCGCCUCCAUCAUCCGCCUGACGCCCACGCAGGUCAAGAUCUGGUUCCAGAACCACCGCUACAAGACCAAGCGCGCCCAGCAGGAGAAGGGCCAGCAAGGACAGCACGGUUUUGAAGCGGCCAACUCGUCGAGCGCAGAGACAAAAAGCGAGGAUGAGGAAGCGAAGGAGAUAAAGAAGAGCGGAGUUCAAAAACUGCCAGCAGGUGGGAGCGAGGACUCCACCGGCUGUGGAUCUCAGAGGAACCGCCCCAGAUCUCAAGUCAAGUUCGUCUUAGUCACACGUGCAGCGUUCCCCUGA